AUGGUCAAGACGCGUAAGUCUUAACGCCAAAAUUUUUACCAUUAAAAUUUUUAACUCACGUAAUGGUUCAGUAAACGGAGCCGAGCAACUGCACCCGACGGAACUGGAGGCAUGGACCUUUCAACCAGUGCCAACGCAGUUGAGGGCACUAACCUUUCAACUGCACCCGACGGAACUGGCGGAAUGGACCUUUCAACCAGUGCCAACGCAGUCGAGGGUACCAACCUUUCAACUGCACCCGACGGAACUGGCGGCAUGGACCUUUCAACCAGUGCCAACGCAGUCGAGGGUACCAACCUUUCAACUGCACCCGACGGAACUGGCGGCAUGGACCUUUCAACCAGUGCCAACGCAGUUGAGUGCACCAACCUUUCAACUGUACCCGACGGAACUGGCGGCAUGGACCUUUCAACCAGUGCCAACGCAGUUGAGGGCACUAACCUUUCAACUGCACCCGACGGAACUGGCGGAAUGGACCUUUCAACCAGUGCCAACGCAGUCGAGGGUACCAACCUUUCAACUGCACCCGACGGAACUGGCGGCAUGGACCUUUCAACCAGUGCCAACGCAGUUGAGUGCACCAACCUUUCAACUGUACCCGCCGGAACUGGCGGCAUGGACCGUGCCCUUGUAG